AUGACGGUCAGCAACUCACUGAGUCGGGUCCUCGUGUUCCCUCCAGAGCACACAGACGUGUCUCAAGCACUGCACGAGCUGAGCGUGCGGUCCAAAGCCCGUCCUCAGCUAAGCACUUUCCUUGCUUCAUCGUCGGCCGUGGUACAUGAGCUACUGAGCACCUUGGAGCCCUCCGAACAGGAGAGCGUUGGGUCGUUCGAGGAUUUGUUAGAGCUAUCGGAGCGACAUGUCAGCCAGCAGCGUCACAAUGCGGUCGUCGAGCUGGUUCUCACGACGACAAUCCAGCUUGGCCAGCUUCUAGUGCUUGCGGAAGAGGAUCCCUUAAUAUUGUCCGAAAUUGCUGUCCCAACUGGCUUCGGUAUUGGGCUUGUUGCAGCUGCAGUGGCAACGACUGCUAGUGAUGCUAACUCCGUUGCCAUCCUGGGUCUGGAAGGCGUAGCAUUCGCCUUUCGUCUCGCAGUGGAAUUGCAACGAGUCAGCCGAGACAUUGAAGAGUCCAACGACAACGACGACCCAUGGGCACGCGUCGUCUCCUCCUAUCCAGAGAAAUUGGGCCUCCAAGAAGUCCAACAGAGUCUGAACAAGGUUAAUGCCGCGCACCGGCCCCUUCACCACGCCUAUAUUGGCCAAGUCUUGUCUGAUAGUCUCGUCAUUAUGGGCCCGCCCUCAACCUUAACCACUUUAGCAAAGACGACCUCUGACUUCUCCUUGAGCCUUCCCUCUACCUCAACUCCUUCCAAGUGUCUGCUUUACGGUUCACAUCUGCCACCUGUAGAGCCUAUCAGAGAAUCAUGUCUUUCCGCUGUCCAUGCAGCAUGUGCUACUCGACGACCCCUUUAUUCGGGACACUCCCCUACCACCGCUCUCUCAGCAGAGACAUAUGGCGAGCUUCUGUACCUCGCAGCCAUCGAGAUUGCACACAAAUCGAUGGAUGUCAUGGAGAGCUACCGAACAGUCGCGAGCACCCUCCAGAAAACAGGUAAUUCUAAAGUUGUCCUCACGACAGUCGGCUCGUCAUGGGAAGUCUCUGCUUUCCAGGACAUCCUCCAGCAACAUGAUCAAUGUGUCUCCAUUGACGACAUCACACCAAGCCCAAGACCCUUCAGCGAUGAUCUUUCGAGCAACUCAUCCGACGCCAUCGCCGUCGUCGGCAUGUCGGGUCGCUUUCCAGACAGCGAUACGCUGGAUGAGCUUUGGCGCCUCUUGGAGACGGGAACGACCACACACCAGGAAAUCCCUUCAUCGCGCUUCAAUAUGGACGACUUCUACGAUCCAUCACGUGCUAAACAUAAUGCCCUGGUUCAACGUUACGGGUGCUUCAUCAAGAAACCCGGUCAAUUCGACCAUCGCUUGUUCAACAUCUCACCCCGUGAGGCGCUGCAGAUGGAUCCUGUCCAGCGCAUGUUACUUAUGACGACCUACGAAGCGCUGGAGAUGGCUGGUUAUAGUGACGGCGACGAGCAGGCCGCACCGCGAAUCGCCACAUACUUUGGCCAGACUGUGGACGACUGGAAGACGAUCCAGGAGCAACAAGGUAUUGAUACUCAUUUCUUGCCGGCUGUCAAUCGCGGCUUUGCUCCUGGACGCUUGUGUCAUUACUUCAAAUGGGCUGGUGGUUUCUACAGCAUCGACACUGGCUGUUCCUCCAGCGCGACAAGUAUUUGUAUUGCUCGUGACGCCCUCGCCAAGGGUGAUAUCGACGCUGCAGUUGUUGGCGGUGGUACACUGCUCACUGCGCCAGAGUGGUUCAGCGGGCUAGGCCAGGGAGGAUUUUUGUCACCCACUGGUUCUUGCAAGACCUACUCUGACAAGGCUGACGGGUAUUGUCGCGGGGAAGGUGUCGCCGUUGUGGUGCUCAAGCGCCUGUCGGAUGCGAUACGAGCGAAAGACAACGUCCUCGCCGUUAUCGCAGGCGCAGCGAGGAAUACUAAUGCCGGUGAGGGCUCCAUCACUCAUCCUGGUGCGAAAGCUCAGGAGACCCUGUACCGCCGUGUGCUCCGCCAAGCAGCAGUACGUCCAAACGAAGUCGAUGUCAUCGAAAUGCAUGGCACAGGAACUCAAGCCGGUGAUCGCGUCGAGACAACAGCUGUGCAGAACGUCUUUGCGUCUCCAGCUGGACCCAAGCGCAGCCAACCACUCAUUGUCGGCGCUAUCAAGGCUAAUGUUGGUCAUAGCGAGGCUGCUGCCGGCGUGGUAUCCCUCAUCAAGGCUAUUCUAAUGCUCCAUCGCGACACGAUACCUCCGCAACCGAAUCAACCCUUUACGCUCAAUCCAUACCUUGUCUCCAUCCUUGGCCCAGGUACUGACGUGCAAAUUGCAAACGGUCAAGCGUGGCCUAGGAAUGGAGCAAAGCCUCGUUACGUUUUUGUGAACAACUUCGACGCUGCCGGGGGCAAUGUUAGCGUUCUAAUUCACGAGGCUCCACCCUCUGCCCAAGUGCCCCUACUACCUCGUGUAGAUUCGCGUUCCCAUCACAUCAUAGCCACUUCUGGCCGCACUGAAGCUGCGCAGACGCAGAACAAGGACCGUCUCCGCAAAUAUCUACAGCAGAACCCGGAGACAAGUCUGGCAAGUCUGGCCUACACCACCACUGCACGACGGAUGCAUCACAACCUUCGCGAUGCAUACGUUGCGACUUCCGUUGCAGAGCUCCUGCAGCAAUUAGGACAGCCUUCGAAGCCUCUGACGCCCGCAUCAUCUGUCGUGUUCACUUUCACAGGUCAGGGUAGUCAGUACGCAGGUAUGGGCGGUACGCUAUACCGUACCUCUUCUUCAUUCCGGCGCAUGCUCGACUCAUAUCAACGCCUCUGUGAUGUUCAAGGGCUCGAUUGUCAUUUCCUUGACAUGAUUAUCGGAUCAGAAGAUGCGGCAACAAACACAAUGAGUACCGCCUGUGAAAUGCAAGUGGCGACUGUUGCGCUUGAAAUUGCUCUCGCUCGGUAUUGGCAGUCGCUCGGCCUGACUCCAACACUGCUGGUUGGGCACAGCCUGGGAGAAUAUGCGGCACUUUGUGUUGCUGGUGUAUUCUCUGUCGGCGAGGCACUUGCCUUGGCCUAUGCACGAGGAAAACUCAUUACCUCAAGAUGUCCACCUUCUGAGGCAGGCAUGCUAUAUGUUGGCCUUCCUGUGAACAUCGUGCGAUGGCGCAUCCGGGAUUUGCCUGCGACAUCUUCAGCAUGUGAGGUGUGCUGCAUAAAUGGCCCAUCCAGUACUGUUGUCGGUGGCCCCGUCGCAGCACUUGAUGCCCUAGAGAACUACUUGAAUCGCGAGCCUGUAGCUUUCCACGACGCAAUCAUUGCGAGCGAAGCUGAAGGGCUGAUUCAGGAUCAGUCUUUCGUCGUAGAGAUCGGACCUCACCCGACCUGCAUCAAUUUCGUUUCCUCCGCGCUUCAAACGCUGCCUCUAACCUGCUCUCCCAGCUUGCGUCGUGGACACGACGACUGGAAAUCUAUGUCUCAAACUUUAGCAGCCGCAUAUCGCGCUCAGCUCCCCGUGUCGUGGACCAGUUUUUACAAGGAUCAUCUUGAUCAAGUGCACCUACUAAAUGAUCUGCCAACGUACGCCUUCGAUUGCCAGGAAUUCUGGGUCACAUACAAGACUCCAGCAGUCUCUCAAAUCUCUGGCGACGUGAAGUCAAAUGAUUCGCCCUCGCGCCUCUCCUCGACAUCCUUGAGUUCGGUCGACGAGCUGCGGCAGGAAGGCUCUAAGCUCCAUGCCGUUUUCAAGGCUGACCUGACUGAUCGUCAUCUUGCGGAGGCGAUCGGAGGUCAUGUUGUUGACGGUGUAGCCAUUUGCCCAGCGAGCAUCUUCAUCGACAUGGCCUAUACCGCUGCUGAGUAUCUUGAGACAACGAGUCGUGAAAUCUCAGAGGCCUCCUUAGCCACUUACGAGCUUGUCAGCCUGAGUAUGACGAAUCCACUAGUGCUCCGCAAAGAUAUGACUCCGGACGAGUUGCCAAAAGUUUUCCUCGAAGUCGCCCUCGAUCAAUCUACGAACAAUGUCUCCGUCCGAGUUUUGUCCCGUGCAGCUGGAACAAACGCUUCCCCGUUGGAGCACGGCUCCUGCGUAAUUCGACUAGACCAGUCUGAGGCACCGUGCAAUCAAGCAUGGUCUCGCUUGCAGCCACUGGUACAAGCGCGAAUACAAACUCUCGAGGCAUCCUCACGCCCAAAGCAAGUCCAUUCAAUGGACAAGCAGCUGUUCUACAAGGUCUUCUCCGAGAUUGUUGACUACGCUUCUCCCUACCAUGCGGUCGAAGAGGCUACUGUGGCGGCUAACUUUCGAGAUGCUGCUUUUGUCUUCUCACUGCCCUCUGUACAAGACCUCGGCAAAUUCACAUGCAGUCCUUUCGCAGUCGAUGCCGCCGUCCACGUCGCCGGUUUCUUGUUGAAUGCCGACGUACGCAAGCCAAAGAAUGACGUACACAUUGCUAAUCAUAUUGGGUCUCUCCGUGUGCUUGGUGAUCUAUCAAGUCAUGGACCGUGGACGGCCUACGCCACCAUUCGUGAGCAGAAUGCCAAAACUGGAACGAGUCUAUGUGAUGUAUACGUCACGGAUACCCAGGACAAACUUGUUAUACUCUGCACCGACAUCUGCUUCAAGAAGCUAGACCGAGACUUCUUCUCCCUGCUGACAGGUGCGGCUUCUAGGCGAACACCAAAAACAAGCACUCCACCCAGCGCCAAGCGUACACCACAAAUGGUUACGCCGCCUGAAUGGAGCGACGAUUCAUCGGCAGCUUCUUCGAUGACAUCCUCGCCAUCGCUCAGUAGCCAGUCUGAGCCUGACGAUCUUGCAGCAGAAUUACUCUCCUUGGUCUCAUUGCGGAGUGGUGUUAGCAUGGGUGACUUGGAGAAAGCGGCGAACACAACAUUCACGGACUUUGGGGUCGACUCACAAAUGAGCAUUCAGAUUCUCGCUGACUUUCACAAAACCACCGCUGUCGAGCUUCCGGCAGCAUUCUUCUCGAACUUCCCAACUCCAAUCUCAGUGCAUAAAGAACUUAAUAUUCAAAAACUAGAAGACCUCGAGCCAAAACCAAAACGCAAACCCUCUCCUCCACCCAAGAUGCGAAGUGCGAAUCAGAAUAAGAAUGCGUCACCACAGCAACCGAGCAAGCAGCUUUUCGCGAUUGUCGCAGACGCCCUCGGCCUCGAAGCUAAUGCUUUUACGCCUUCAGCGACAUUCGAGUCUCUUGGUAUGGACAGUAUGUUAUCUAUCAAGACUCUCUCGGAGUUUCAGCAAAAGACUCAAAUAGAGUUGCCCGCUGCAUUCUUCACACAGUGUUCAACAGUGGCAGCUGCGCAAAAGGAACUAGACGGACCAAUGGAGAAGCCAGUGAAAAGCGUUUUCGCAGCGACUAAGUCCUCAGUCGCCGUCAAACCCACAGCAAAGAAGAACAGCAGCUCGCCCCGCCAGCAAAAAUUGGACAACUCCGUCUCCCGAUCUGUUCUAAUCCAAGGCCAAUCUCGAUCCCAAGCAUCGCCCUUAUUCAUGACCACCGACGGCUCCGGAACCGUCGAAUCCUACAUCCACCUCUCCGCCCUCCCGGAAGGCCGACGCAUCUACGCUCUCGAAUCCCCCUUCCUCGGCGACCCGGACCACUUCGACCUCUCCAUCCAAGAAAUGGCCACCAUCUUCAUCCGCACGAUCCGGCGCAUCCAGCCGCACGGUCCGUACAUGAUCGGCGGCUGGUCCGCCGGCUCCGUCUACGCCUACGAAGUCGCCAACCGGCUCGCGCACGAGGGCGAGGACAUCCUCUCCCUCCUCAUCAUCGACAUGCGCGCGCCCUCCCUCAUCCCCACCGCCAUCGUCACCCCCGAUUUCGUCGACAAGCUCGGCACCUUCGAGGGUAUCAAUCGCGCCCGCGACCUCCCCGCCGAUCUCUCCGUCAAGGAGAAAUCUCAUCUCAUGGCUACUUGUCGUGCUUUGUCGCGCUACGACGCCCCGCAGUUCCCGACGGGUCGCCAGCCGAGGAAUAGUGUGGUCAUCUGGGCACGUCUGGGCCUUGAUCAACGCGAGGAUGCCGGACCGGCUGCUAUGUGUCGCCCCGGCAUCGAGAUCGGGAAGAAAUUGGAGGAGAUGGAUUUGAAGGACUUCGAGCGCUACUUUAAUUCGUGGUUUUAUGGAAAGAGAAGUACUUUUGGGACGAAUGGAUGGGAGGACCUGCUCGGUGACGAGAUUGCGGUGCACCAGGUUGAUGGUGGUGAGUUUUCCCUCCCCUCCCGCCUCGCUUUUUACUUUGUUUGA